CUACACAUCAAAACUGCUAGAAGAACGGAGGGACGGAAGCAGCAGCAGUACACCUGAGAAAUCCAACACCCCAGCGACCAUUCCACAAAGCAAAGAGUAUCUCCAGUCCUGUCUCUGGGUGAGAGGAAUCACUGGAGCCAUGAAUGCCUCACGGUUUCUCUCCACUCUCACUGUUGUGCUUCUCAUUGGAGAGAGCCUAGCUUGGUAUUACAACACCUCCAUCGAACUCAUGACAUACGAUGAAGCCAGUGCGUACUGUCGACAGAAGUACACACAUCUGGUGGCAAUUCAGAACAAAGAAGAGAUCAAUUACCUGAACUCCAACCUGAAAUUUUCACCAAGUUAUUACUGGAUUGGAAUCAGAAAAGUCAAUAACGUAUGGAUCUGGGUGGGGACCCAAAAGCCUCUGACCGAGGAGGCUAAGAACUGGGCACCUGGUGAACCCAACAACAAGCAGAAGAAUGAGGACUGUGUAGAGAUCUACAUUAAAAGACUCAAUGACCCGGGCAUGUGGAACGACGAGAGAUGUGACAAAAAGAAACUGGCUCUGUGCUACACAGCUUCCUGCACUCCUGCAUCCUGCAGUGGCCACGGUGAAUGUGUAGAGACCAUCAACAAUUACACUUGUCAGUGCCACCCUGGCUUCCUCGGACCCAACUGUGAGAAAACUGUGACGUGCGAAGCGCAGAAGGAGCCUGCCCACGGAAGCCUGGACUGCACACAUCCUCUUGGCCUCUUCCGCUAUCAUUCCACUUGCUCUCUCAGCUGUAACAGGGGCUACCUGCCAAGCAGCCCAGAGACCACCUUGCGGUGUAUGUCCUCUGGAGAAUGGAGUGCCGCUGCUCCGUCCUGCAAAGUGGUUGAAUGUGAAGCUUUGGAACACCCUACCAAUGGAGUCAGGAAAUGUUCCCCGAAUCCUGGGAGCUUCCCAUGGAACACGACCUGUACGUUUGCCUGUGAUGAAGGGUACAGGCGAGUUGGAGUCCAGAGUCUGCAGUGUACCUCCUCUGGCAUCUGGGACAAUGAGAAGCCCUCGUGCAAAGCUGUGACCUGUGAUGCCAUCCCUCAGCCCCAGCAUGGCUUUGUGAGCUGCAGGAACUCAACAGCUGGAGAACUGGCCUUUAAGUCAUCCUGUAACUUCACCUGUGACCAAAGUUACACGUUGGAGGGGCCGGCCCAGGUUGAAUGCAGUAUAGAAGGGCAGUGGACACCACAGAUUCCAGUGUGCAAAGCUGUGCAAUGUGAUGCUCUCCCUCAGCCCCAGAAUGGUGUAAUGGAGUGUGCUCAUGCUACGACCGGAAACUUUACCUACAAGUCCUUGUGCACCUUUCAGUGCAACAAAGGCUUCGAAUUACAUGGAUCAGCUCAACUUGAGUGCACAUCCCAGGGCCAGUGGACCCAGGAGGUGCCCUCCUGCCAAGUGGCACAGUGCCCAAGCCUUGAAGUGCCAGGAAAGGUGAACAUGAGCUGCAGUGGGGCGACCGUUUUUGGCACUGUAUGUGAAUUUACAUGUCCUGAUGGAUGGACACUCAAUGGAUCUGCAGUUCUGACAUGUGGUGACACAGGACACUGGUCUGGGAUGCUGCCUACCUGUGAAGCCCCCACAGACGACACCCAUCCCUUGGUACUUGCACUUUCUACAGCAGGAACCUUGCUCCUGGCAUCAUCUUCACUUCUCUACUUGUUGCUGAGAUACUUUCGAAAGAAAGCGAAGAAAUUUGUUCCUGCGAGCAGCUGCCAAAGCCUUCAAUCGUUUGGCAAUUAUCAAGUACCUUCUCACAUCAUCUAAGUUCACAACCAUCAGGAAAACAUAUGCAUCCUGGGAAAUAGAAUGAUAUGCCGAAGACAGCAGAAAAUGAGCUGCCCAUGGGACCCUGGUCUCUCAUGUCUGCUUAAUAACCAGGAUCCUGACUGUGGCUCAAAGUUCAGUGACAAGGCCAGCCCUCCACCGUUUCCUCUUUCCUAGCCACAGAACCAAGGACAUGCUGGCCACAGAAGGUUUCGGGUACGCUCUUCAAAAGAGAGUGAAGGCACCAAGGUCCCGGAACAGCAGAAUUCUAUCUUAGUCACUCCAGAAUCUGGGAAGAGAAACAGCAUUUUGUGGCUUUGCUUCUUUCUCUUGUUCCCCAUACAGUGUCUAGACUGUUAAUGCCGUUCUUGUUGUUACAGGGAUAAAUAGUAUUUGUCAGCAGUUGUGAGCAAACAGUUUUCUAUUUCUAUUGUGAAAAAAAGGCAAAAGUGCCAUAGCUUCAGGCUGUGGCAUGGGAGUGCUGUCAGAGGUGCCAGGUACAGAUCCUGCUGAGUGCUGUUAGCACUGCUAGGCAGGCUUACCGGAUUUAUCCCCAUGGGAUGCAGUGGGCUCUGAAAUAGUCUCAGACAUUGUGUUCUGUGUCCUUGCGUUGAAUUUACCAUGUUGUCCACCAUUCUUAUUUCAGUGCAAGGGUCAAAAGGACUUUUAAAAAAUCAGAAAUUCUGUGACCUUUGACAAGGCAAAAGUUAUCUGAAUUCAUUUUUAUUGGCAAACUCUAAUGUUUUGUCUGUAGUAAACUUAUCUUCAGGAUGAGGAAUUACUGAUGAGUUUAAUUCCCGAGAAUUAAACUGUAGCUGUUUUAAGACAUGGUACUACCAGAAUAAUAGAAUUUGAAGAGAGAGUUUGCAUGCUUGGGGGACUUUUUUUCACUCCUAAAAUGUGUUUUUUCUUUAGAAAAGAAAGAACUUCCUUGAGGCCAAAUGUUCUGAUUUAGUAGAAGUGUAAAUACUAAAAAGUGGAGGUGCAUUUGGAAGUGUUUGUUUGAAAGCUCAUCUAAGCAUAAAUACGCUUUGCAUUCCUAUAAAGGAGGUUCUUAAGUUGACAAGUAGAUACCUGAUUCUUGUAUAUUGUAUACAAUUCUAAAUCCAUGAUGAGGGUUCACCACAUAAUAGAUCCAGGCAGUAGAUUUUCAAAAAGUGAAAGUGUCUAACAGUUAUUCUGUAGUUGUUUCAUUCUCUGUGCUCAUAUGUUCUAGAAGAGGGGAAGCUUGUCUACACAAUGAUUAUGUUGUCUUACAGAGAUUAAAACUCCUAAGGAGUUUCACCUCUAGUUGGCAAUGACAAAUCCUUGAUCAGUAAGAACCCAAAUUGUUCCCAUCAAAAGCACCCCAGCUUCUGAAUUAACAUAUUAGAAAAAGAAAGGUUUUGAAAAGUGCUUAUAGAGUAGUGGCAAUGGAGAAACCAAUGGUGAGCAAGGAGUGUGACAAGCACUAGGACCAAAGGGGUAGAAGAGAGAAAGAGAGACCACAAGAGCUAGAGAGUAGCCAUUGUGAAACUACACACUGUAAAUGCUUAUCUAUUUUGUAUCAGAAAUAACUGUGUGAAAUAUGAAUGUGGUCUGUAUUUGAAUUUUAUAGAGUAUUUUAAAUUAUGAUUUAAAAUAUUUUAUGGUUUAAAGUAUGUAUUUAUUUAAAUAUGUCGAAC